UUGGGUGGGUGCCCAUCCCAGGACUGACGUUUAUGGCUGGGACUGGGGUUGGGAAAGAGCGGAUUACAUAGUACAGAUGGGACAGGGUCAUUUCUAGAGAAGAGUGAUACGGGACAGACAUAACAAGAAAUGACUCACAUACAUAAAUAUAUAUAACGAAGGCCAGACUUUAGUAGUGUUGCCAUAAAGGUACAGUUAAUCCUAAAGUACAUUAGGAUUGAGAGGUGGUGAAGUUGACUGUGUGGACAGCAUAAAUACAUAUAACGAAGGCCAGACAUUAGUAAUUUAGUGUUGCCAUAAAGGUACAGUUAAUCAUAAAGUACGUUAGGAUUGAGAGGUGGUGAAGUUGAGUGUGUGGAUGGUGUCCAGUUCACAGCGGCGGUGGGAUCAUCACCAUAACUUUGAACAGGAAUGUGACAAGUGUCAGAGACGGCAGAAGAAUAGAGCAUUUUGCUAUUUUUGUAAUUCUGUACAGAAGUUACCAAUUUGUGCACAGUGUGGGAAAACAAAAUGCAUGAUGAAAUCUUCAGACUGUGUCAUAAAGCAUGCUGGUGUCUAUAGUACUGGCCUUGCAAUGGUGGGUGCAAUAUGUGACUUCUGUGAAGCUUGGGUUUGCCAUGGUAGGAAAUGUCUCAGUACACAUGCCUGUGCCUGCCCUCUUACUGAUGCCGAAUGUGUGGAAUGUGAACGAGGUGUCUGGGACCAUGGAGGCAGAAUAUUCAGUUGUUCUUUUUGCCAUAACUUUCUCUGUGAAGAUGAUCAAUUUGAACAUCAAGCCAGCUGCCAGGUUUUAGAGGCGGAAACAUUUAAAUGUGUUUCAUGCAAUCGGCUUGGCCAGCAUUCCUGUCUCCGUUGUAAGGCUUGUUUCUGUGAUGAUCAUACAAGGAGCAAGGUGUUUAAGCAAGAAAAAGGGAAACAGCCUCCCUGCCCCAAAUGUGGACAUGAAACUCAGGAAACUAAGGACCUGAGCAUGUCAACACGCUCCCUGAAAUUUGGUAGGCAGGCUGGAGGUGAAGAGGGAGAUGGAGCUUCUGGGUCUGACGCCUACUGGAAGAGCCUCUCAUCUGAUAGGUAUGGUGACGCCAGCUGCCGUGACGAGGAGGAGGAUGAAGAGGAUGAAGACGAAGGUGGAAAGGACUCAGAUGCCGAGUCAUCAGACUUGUUUACAAAUCUAAAUUUAGGAAGGACCUAUGCCAGUGGCCAUGCUCACUAUGAGGAACAGGAGAACUAGGAGAGCUGCUUGCUCCCUGGUGACUGUAUCUGAGAGGAGCAGGAAAGGGUGUGCUUGAUGAGCUUUGUGUGUAUGUUUAAAAGUACUGUCACUUAGCCUUGUGCAAAGGAGGAGUCUCACUGGGCCAAGUAGUAGGGAAUAGCAUUUUCAUAGGAACUGAAAAUCAGGCUUGUAGCAGAAAGUAAAAUGAGUUUCAUAUGUAAGAUGUUUAUGAUCCAAGCAUUUGAAGCAUCGUGGACUGGAUUUUACUGAUUUCAGUAAUCCAGUAGGUUUUGCCAGUAAGAUACAUAAACAGAAUAAAGGAGUAGGACAGUAAUAUAUUUGUUUGAAAUAUAUUAAAAAAAAACACUGCUUAUGAAUUCAUUUUGUCUGAUUUGUAAAAUGUAAUGGGUAAAAUGCACUACUGUAUUAUUUCCUUGUAUGUCCACAGGACAAAUGUCAGAUGUUAUAUGCUAAAUUUUCACUAAAUAUUCAUGUUAUCUUAAGUAGUCAUGAUUUGUAUGCUUUUGCAAUUGGCUUAUUCAUUUCUUUCUUUGCAGUAUAUGCCCUGAAUAGUACCUGUUAUUUCUGUAUAGACAAAGGCAACUACAUAGUCAUUUUUCAGAAACUCAGAAUCAAAAACAGUGUUACAGCUUUAUCCAGGAAAUACCAUUUCUCUUUGAAUAAAUCUAGUAUUUCACUUACAUA